CGUUAGUGGGAGUUGGGCGUUAUCCAUCUACGCGAUACAUCCACGGGUGUCACUCGGUACCUCGAUAAUCACGGAUGCCGAGGUCGCGAACAAUGAGGGGGUGGGAAACUCCCUUUAGUAAUACAAGCGCCGGCUCCGAUUACACACCAUCAAGCCUCCUCCAACCCGCCCCGACUGCAUCUACCUCCCAUGAGCUGCCCCGACUGCUUCAAAGGGUCAAUUCUCGAGGGCACGCCCACAGGGAGUAUCGAAGAACGUUUUCACGGCGCGUACUUCGCUCCGGCGGCCACCACGAGUACCACCGGCAGCAAACGCGCCAUCGUGCUGUUGACCGACAUAUUCGGGCUCCCGUUGAAGAACUGCAAGGUCAUUGCGGACGAGUUCGCUCGACGCCUCGGCUGCGAUGUGUGGGUGCCCGAUCUGUUUGCAGGCAAACCGUUCCUCACGCCGGAGGCGCUGCAGCAGUUCCCGGAGAAGGCCGGGCAGAAGAUGGGUGUGCUCGGAGGGCUCAAGUUCGCGGUCACGGCGCUCGGUGUGCUGCCGUCGUUCAUCCGCAACCGGCCCGCGGUUGUUGAUGCGCGUGUCGUUUCGUGCGUGGAAGCGAUCCAGGCUGAAAAGAAGUACGAGAAGCUGGGGGCCAUCGGAUAUUGUUUUGGUGGCGGCGUCGCUGUGCGUCUGGGCGGAAGCUCGACGAUUUUCGACUCCAUUAUCAUCGCGCAUCCCUCGCCGCCGAGUAACGCGGAUAUCCUGUCUAUCAAGGCGCCUGUUGCGUGGGUACUAGCUGAGGAGGAUUUCAGUCUGUCGCCUAAGCGCGUUGCUGAGAUCGAGGCGCUCUAUGUGGACCGGCCGGACGCUGUGCAUCAGUUCAUCACUUACAAAGGAACCACUCACGGAUUCGCGGCGCGGCCCAACUUUAAAUACCCCGAGGUCAAGGAAGCGUUUGAGAAGGCGUUUGAGGACUCGGUCGCUUGGUUCGAGAAGACCAUCCCGGCGCAGAGCAUUUGAUUUUUCGCUCUGCCCCGUUUGUCUUUCAUGUUGUAUGUUUGAUGUGUUCACGAUGAGAGGCUCGUUUAUUUCGAGCUAGCUACUUGUUACAGAGCGUGCUACCAGGACGGGAGUGUAUCAGUAUCUGGUGCGGGUGUGUCGAAUAUCACUGAUGUACGCGGCCCGAGGGCUGGUUGGAAUCCCAAUCCAUGUCGUCGGCUUCGUCGUCCGAGCACCACGAAGGACGUGCGCGCAUAUGCACAGACUGCGACGCAUCAAGAAAAAAGUUUUCGGUGCUCGAGCUGAAGACAGGGCAACCGCCGUAUACCGCAGUAGGCGAGGAGUAUGAUCCCGCGGCAGACGCCGGGUUACUCGAGCGAUGGUGGGAUAUCGCGUUCGUUUUAUUCGAGUGUCUCUGCGGUGCGGGCGCUGUUGUCCUGGAGUGUUCGUCCGCCGCUAGCUCUCCUUUGCGGAUGUGGAUCUUCCUGUGGCGCACGGCGCUGGACGGAUCGCCGGUCGUGUAGGGGCAGAUCGGGCAGGCGUGCGGCCGCCUUGUCGUGCUGUAGAUAAUAACACCUUCAGCCUCCGGGACGAUCAACCGGUGCAGAAACGAGGAACCACUUACUGCUGCGACGUUAUAUGCGUGCUCAUGUUCCCCUUUUGGAUCGCCGUGUACACGCACCCGUCGUCGGCGUACGGGCAGAUGUACUCGAACUUCGCGCGCUCCGCGUCGGACAGGUGCGUCGCCGUGUGCCGCCGCAUGUCGUGCCUGCGCGCGAAGCUCCACGCGCAGCCGGGCUGCGGGCACGGGUGCGCCAGCGGGGGAUCGGGGAUCAUCCGGGUGCUCUGGGCUCGGGA